CGCACCCCUCCCCGCUACCCCGCCCGCGCGCCCCCCUAGGGCCCCCCUCCCCUGCACCCCCCACCGCUCACCCACCCCCCCCCACCCCCUUGGCGCCCUAAGAGUUCCCUGUCGCGUGACUCUCUCUCUGCCCCGCCCUGCCCCUAGGGGCCGCACGCGACUAGGGGCUGCCACUGCUGCGGGGUCCCCGUUCCCAGGGCCAUCCCUUGUUUAUUCGUGACCCCCUCUCCAUCCUGCCCUUCUUCCUGCACCCUCUGAGCAGCGCAGACGGAGAACCUCCUCUCUGCACCUUGUGGAAACUUUGCCAAGGCUGGAGGAAAGGAGGGGCGUCUGAGUGGUAAGAAGGGGAUGCUGAUAAAGGAAAGGGGAAUUCAGGCCAAUUCAAAGAGCACAGGAAUAUAUCCGUUUGACGCGCGUAAAGAGCUCCUACUCUGAGCCUGGUCUAGUGCUGGGUGUUUCCCCGAGGCGGAGAUGUAAUGGAGUUAAGACAUUCGUUGCAACGUUCAUUCAUUCAUUCAUUCUCCAUUGGGAAAGAGACAGAUAACAGGUACCCAACACCAGACCAAUAGGAGACAGGAUGGCAGGCAUAGAUUAUGGGGGUUCUCCGCGGCACAUUUCAGAACAUUGGUAAUCCUUCUCCCCCAAUCAGUUCUCCCGUUGCCGGUAGCAAAGGUAAAUCCCUGCCUCCUGGACCUGAAGGGAGACAGGGAAACUGAGAAAGUAGAUUCCCACUCCAACCCCAGCCCCCAAACACGCACUGGCACAGGCACGUACAUGGUGGAUGCUUCUAACAUCUGCAGGUACUGAGAUAUCAUCGCAGGAUAUCUUAUUAUUGACAACCUACUAGAUGAAAAUGAUAACUUGUGAACCAAAUAUCAUAGCUGAGGAGGUUGAACAUUCUUCAUAUUUUUUUCCCCAUGGCAGUUCUUUUUCUGGAAAAUAAAAAUGCCUACUCAUGACCUUGGCCCAUUUUUCUCUUGAGUUGUUCUUUUCUUACUAAUUUUUAGGAGUUUUUUAUAUAGAUUUUAGAGACCACUGUCUCUGCCAGUUAUAUCAGUUACAGAUAUUUUCUCCUGUUGUACAACUUUCUUCUCUCUUGUUUCCUUUCUUUUGUCUUCUUUUCUUUAUUUCUUUUCUUUUUCUCCUGCCUCCCUCCUCUCUUUCUUCUCUCUCCGUCUUUUGAUGAAUAGAAAUUUGUAAUUGCAGUGUAGUCCAAUGUAUCAAUCUUUUGCCUUUAUGGCUAGUGCUUUGCAUGACCUGUCUAUUCCUACCCAAGAUCCUAAAGAUGGUCUCUAUUUUCUCUGACACACGUAAAGUGUUUCCUUUCACAUUUCAGUCUCUCAACCACCUGGAAAUGAUUUCUGUAUGUGAUGUGAAGCAGGGAUCCAAUUUAAUUUUUUCCAUAUGGGUUAUGUGUUGUCUCAGUAAUAUUUGUUGAAUUGCCCAUACCUGGUCACUAACCCGCAACGCCACCCCUGUCAUAUAUCAGCUUUCCCUUUGAUCUCAUUGCCCAGCCCCUCUGCCAAUACCAUACUGCUCUAAUUACAAUAGUUUAUUACAACUGUUUAUAUCUUUCACUUAUACUGUCAUUGGGUCUCAGUUCAAAUAUCAGUUCUUUAGAGAUGCCUGAUCCAACACCCCAAUUUAAGUAGAUGUACACAUUACAUGCUAUUCAUGGCUUUUACUUCAGCUCGUAAUAUACAUCCUGACUAUUUAAUUGUAAAUGGCUGACUCUCACAUUCGUCUAGAAGUUCCAUUAUGGCAAAGACCUUGUUUCUCCAGGGCUAAGCACAGUGACUGUCACAUGGAUGAAUAUACAUAGCAAAUGAAUGAAUGAAUUCCUCUCUGCCCUGUAACAUUUAACACCCUGCCUGGCACAUGGUAGUGAGCCCCAUAAUGCUUAAGAGAACAGUCCUUCCCGUCAGUGCCCCUUUUUUGCUUACUUUGUCUCCGUAAGACAUGUCCUCAGAUGACAUUCUACAUAUCUUACCUACUCGCUUACUCUUUCUCUUCCUCUACUACCAUGUAAGCUCCAUGAGGACAGGACUUGUUCUGUUUUAAUUCCUGCUGUUUCCCAGGCCUCAGAACAGUGCCUGGCACUUGGUGGAUGCCCAGUAAAUAUGUAUUGGAUGAAUGAAUGAAUGAAUGAAUGAAUGAAUAAACUUAAUUUUCUCCAUCUGAUUCAAUCAACUAUUUUUGGGGAGGGCUCUGGAAUCAUUUUUCCUGUGGCUCUCUUAGUAGUUGCCUCUACCCUCCGUUCUCCCUUCUCAUUUUCCCUCCAUGUUACCAGAGAGGCAGCCCCCUUUGUUAAUCUUGGAGCAGAAUAAAGGCAGGCGUUUGUCCGGGCUUCCAGUAACUCUUAGAAGGCAAUGCCUCCCCUCUCUCCUCAGCACCCCUGUGCACUCUAGAUGCACCCUUUGCAUGUUCACGUUCUGCCUGGUUUGGCUCCUGUUUUACUACUCUCCCGAAACACACCAUGAGCACACGUCUCACUCUCUAAAUCCACAGUGUGGUCCUAAGGCCUGACAACGAGUAUGGGUUCACAAAAUGCUGAAAAAAAGAAAGAGUGAACGUCUGUCACUGUUUUGGCCUGUAUGAGGCUCUGCCUCCACAAAACACCUUCUCCGGUGAGGGGACCAGCCACCUCCACUGCCGAGAUUCCCCUGGGGAGGACUGAUGCUGUGGCCAAAUCAGAGCUUGAGGAGCCUAUGCUCUCUAAACAAUUUCCAGGCUGUUGUGGGCUUUUUGAUUGCUUUUUGACCUUGAAAAUGAUUUAGUUCCAUUUUAUUCCUGAACGGAUGGCCACUUCUGAGGUCCUAGCUGUUAAGCCUAAAUUGUGGUAGGUUGAACAAUGAACUUCUCCAAAUAGACUCACAUCCUAAAUCGUAGAACCUGUGAACACUGCCUUAUGUGGCAAAAGCAGCCUUGUUACUAUGAUUAACUUCAAGAUCUUGAGAUGGGGACACUGUCCUGGAUUGUCCAGUGGGCCUGACAUGAUCACAGUAUUCCUUAUACGACAGAAGCAGGAAGAAAUAGAGAAGGUAGUGUGAUGCCAGAAGCAGCAGCUGGAGUGACCAGUUUUGAAGAUGGAAGGAGGGUCCACAGACCAAGGAAUGCAGACAGGCACUGGAAUCGGAAAAACGCAAGAGAAAGGAUUUCCCCCGAGAGCCUUUGGAAGCGACCAGCCCUGCUGAUACCUGACUUUAACCCACUGAAACUGAUUUUAUACUUCUGGCUUCUAGAACUGUAAGAGAAUACAUUUGUGCUGUUCAAAGAUAGCAAAGUUGUGGCAAUUCGUUGUAGCAACAAUGGGAAACUAAUAUACUAAAUGAACCAUUGUUUUGUCUCAUAGGGCUUGUUUGUUUAUACUUGGCUUUAUUCCAGAAAUAUAUUUCCUGUGAUUUGGAUCAGAAAAGCCAGGAAGUGCUCCUCCCCUCUGGUGCUGAUGCUCUUGUUGCUCUAACCCUGGGACUCUUUUCUCCCGUGAACCACCUCCCUCAGCAGCCUCCUGCUGCUACUCAUGUCUUCAGCUUGUUUUUUCUGCCAGACCAUAUGAGCGGCCCACCCACUCCAUCCCUCCCUCCUCACCCUGGCUCUGGCCUGUCCUUUGUGCAUUGUGCAAAAAUGUCAUCCUGAACAAAGGGUCUCAGCAAUCAAACCUAGUUGACUAGGGUGAGCUUUAUGAGAGAACACUGAUGGAGCACCUCACCCAUUCCAAGCACCCAAUGCCAUGACCAGUGUAAAACAUUGCUUGAAUUGGAGCUUCCUUGGUGUUCCUGUUUCAGGAUUUCAAACUAAAGUGUCGUGAUACCACCUGAUCAGAAUUCCCCACCCUGCAGAAUCAGAAUUCUGCACCCUGCAGGUGGGCAGAGAACGAUAGCAGCACCUUGCUUUCUGGACCAUCUUCAGCCUUGACUUGUAGAACCGAAGAAAUGUGGCAUGGAAAACCUUGCAUUUACCUGGUGAUCUGGGGCUGACGUGGGCCUGACGGAGUAAGAUGGUAGAAAGGAAGUUCUGACAUCUGAUUAAGAGAAGUGGCAUACAAGUUCUUACCUUCAGCUGAGCGGCCCCAGCCUGCAGUUGUACAAAUAAAUCCAGCCUCAAAUUGUUCCUUUGGCUCUGGAAGACACAUUGGGCCCACAAACUGGCCUGAAGAAAAGAGCAGGACAGGGUUUGUCUCAUCCACGGAGGAGAGGACACCCUAAGCCACUCACCAUUUGACUGUUACCCUAAUAAUAUGAACAAUGCCUGUGAGUGAAGAGAAAGAAAGAAAAGUAUAAGAUAUAGCAGAGUCCAGAUGAAGAGGUUUGGGAGAAAAACAAGGGGCUGAAAGUUUGGGAUGGCAUUUCCAAUUUUUGGAGCAAGCCAAUAGUGCAUAUGAUUAUUCUGAACACACAUUUUCUGGAACUCGAUGGAUGGACAUCUUGAGGGACUUGGAUCCUGGCCCACACUCAUGAGAUAUCUGGUUAUGAGGAAACUGAGUGGAGACCAUGGUCUAUGCUGCCUGACACAUUGUCAGAUAUUGGAUUUAAAUCUUUAUGCAAGUGGAAAGUGGCAGGUUGUUCGAGAAGAGUGGGGUGGAGAGAAGAUGUCCUGAUUCACACACCACAGUGGUGUUAGGCUAGAAGGGUUGCCAGGUCAUUCUUUUCAGCAUGUUUUCAAGGAGAGCCUAGAAAGCCCUGCCUUAUAAUCACCCUGCUUCUUUACCUGGCUGAACCCUCUAAUCCUUAUUCCUCAACUUGGGCAACACCUCAACUGAGAAGUCUUCCUUCGUUUCCUCAAGCUGUAGCAGUCCACGAUGUCAUCUAAGGAUUGGCUGAUUCCUUCUCAUCCCUUCAAGGUCUCUCAGUAUAAUGCAAGCCAGACUAUGCACCUGCCCUCAGUGCUUGGUAUUUUCAUCCACAUCAUUUCAUUUAACACAAGAAUCACAUAAGGUAUGUAUCAUUAUUUCCUUUUUAUAGAAGAGGAAACAGAAGGUCAACAAUGUCUUUCAAUGUGCCUAUGAUUCCAUAGAUAGUGAUAGGCAGAGCUAGAAACCGAUAUCAAGUUUGUGUGGCUGCAAAGUCCAUGGUCUUUGUGCACAUCACUUUGCCUUCCCUCCUGGCACUCAUAUCCAACUUUGAAAGCUUUUGUGCCUUUCAUACAUUUAUUUUUUCUAAAGUAAUUCUUUUCAGGCUGAGGCUUUGUCUUGUUAAAAAAAAAACAAAAGCCAGAAUGUGAGAAUUCAGACACAUAACCCUAGUACUGCUCAUAUUGUAGGAUACCAUGGUCAUGAUUCACACACAACUUUUGGGGAAAUGUCCAUGCUUGCUGAUAGUUAUGUAUGUAUGUUUUGUUAAGUCUUCAGAUUGAAGUUCUUCAAGAAAAAUCAAAUUAUUCUGGAGAAUAUGUUGCUCUUUAAUCUAGAAAAGCCAUGGAAAUGGCCGAAUGUAACUAACAUACUCUCCCCUGUCCUUGAUUAUGUGCUCUAAUUUGAACCAAGGGAAUAUUAUUCUGAAAUGAUCGUUUUUCUUCCAAUCCAAUUUCCUAGCCUCCCUAGCUGGCUACUUCCAUCCAUACCUCUCUAACUACUCUCUCCCCCCAUCACCAUCAUAUGCCCCCACUUCUUAUUUCCCUAUAGUUUCAUACUACAACCGAUGAAACCAUCACUUACCAAUGUAGGUCUCCAAAUGCUUCAGUUCACUUUCCAAUUAAUCCCAGUCCAUAAAAAUACCUGGACUCUUCUCUGCUUCAUGUAAUCCAAGAAGCAUGAAAAAGUAUGAUGUGAGAGAUAAAUCUUGGAAGAUUUUGCAAAAUAUCCUGGAUUUAGCUCAUAACAAUAAGAAAAAUUGUGUUUGGCCCAUUCAGCUUGAACAUAAACACUUUCCAGCCCUUGGUAUCAAUGAUAACUAAGGAUGUGAUUUUUUUUUCAUUCCAGGAAAAGGAUCAAGUCAGAAAAACAUGUCAAAAUCAACUCGAUACUUUUUGGUCCAGUAAUUGGAUAAAUGGUGAUAGUAUUUACUGAAAAUAGAAUACUGGUGCAGAGGCACAUUUGGGAUGAGGGUAGAAAAUCAAGAGCUGACCUUUCUAUAAUCACUUAGGUUAUUUACAGUUUAUGUUAUUACAAUCAGUAUUGCUGUAACAUCAUUUUACAUAUUCUUGUACACAUGGGGAAGACUUACUCUACAGUAUUUUAUACAGUAUAGGAGUAAAAUAGCUGAAUUCUAAGGUAAUUGAGUCUCCAAUUUUAAUAUAUUCAUGGAAUUUGAAAAGAAAAUUUGUGUGUACAAAGUAUUCUAGAAGUGAGGCAAAGUUAUCAUUUAAAAAUUUUAAUUGUAGGGUUCUCUACAUGUAUCUUCAUUAAAUGUGGGGUAAUUUCAACCAUUUUAAUCUCCUCUGGUUCUGAUUUCAAUAGCCACCAUUAAAUGAAUAGAUGGAGACUGAAAACCACACAGCAGUGACAGAGUUCAUUAUUCUGGGAUUAACAGAUAAUCCCACACUAUGUGCCAUCUUCUUUGUGAUUUUUCUGGGAGUUUAUGUAGUUACCAUCGUGGGAAAUAUCAGUAUAAUCAUCUUAAUCCGAAGCAGCCCACAGCUGCACACCCCAAUGUACCUUUUUCUCAGCCAUUUGGCCUUUGUGGACAUUGGGUAUUCCACUUCAGUCACACCAAUCAUGCUGAUGAGUUUUUUAAGAGAGAAAACAACAAUCCCUGUCACUGGUUGUAUAGCCCAGCUUGGCUCUGAUGUCACUUUUGGGACUACAGAAUGCUUCCUGCUGGCUACCAUGGCCUAUGAUCGCUAUGUGGCCAUCUGCUCUCCCUUACUCUACUCCACCCAGAUGUCCUCAGUGGUCUGCUUCCUCCUACUGGGGGCUUCCUACCUGGGUGGAUGCAUGAACGCUUCAUCAUUUACAGGCUGUCUGAUGAAUCUAUCUUUCUGUGGACCAAAUAAAAUCAACCAUUUUUUCUGUGACCUCUUUCCACUCUUGAAGCUUUCUUGUGGCCAUGUUUUUAUUGCUGAAAUAUCUCCUGCCAUCUCUUCUGCAUCUGUCCUCAUAAGCACACUGUUUACCAUAAUUGUGUCCUACAGCUACAUCCUCCACUCAAUUCUGAAUAUGCGCUCUACUGAGGGGAGGAAGAAGGCCUUCUCAACCUGCACUUCCCACCUCACUGCCGUCACUUUGUUUUAUGGGACAGUUUUGUUCGUUUAUGUGAUGCCCAAAUCCAGUUAUUCAGCUGAUCAGGUCAAAGUGGCAUCUGUCAUCUAUACAGUGGUGGUCCCCAUGUUGAAUCCCCUCAUCUACAGUCUGAGGAACAAGGAGGUGAAAGGGGCCAUGAGAAAACUAAUGGCCAGAACACACUGGUUUUCCUGAAUCAGAUCAGAUAUAAAUCCAUAAAUAACAAAGCAAUGAUUCGGGGAAACAUUUGUGCUGGAUACUUUAAUGAUAUUUAUCAUUAACUUCAUCACUUUGAUAGUGAAGAGCUCCUAUAAAUGUAAAAAGCCAAUGUUUACUUCCAUAUAAGAAGUUAAAUGUAUCAUUUAAUGUGGAAAUCUGUUUCAUUCAAAUUAAAUAUGAACUGUUCAAGGUAAGAAUACCUGCUUGCAAAAUAGUUUCAUUAAUCAGUUGUGAGUCCUAUAUUAAAUACAGAGAGCUAUUUCCACCAAAGAUCAGAUUUAAUUGAAUUCCAUCUAGUUAAAUAACAUUUGGGGAAAAAAUUUGUCCCCAACAGAUCUGUAAUAAAAGAUAAUAUUGACAAGUCAGGACGUUCAGGCCACUUCCUUUAAAGGUACUGCCCUGCCUUUGUCAAUGUAUAUUUAAACAUUUGGGAGCAUUGAUGUUCAUGUCUCCAGAAAGCCUCUAUGUGCACUUUAUUGAAGCGAGAGCAAAGAUCAUGAUUCCUCUGCUUGGCCAUUAAGAGAUCCAACCCAGAUAACACAGAAGAGACCUUGUAUACACCUGUGCCAACUCUUUUUACAAUGUAAGUCUUACCAGAGGAGUCUAGGGUAAGAUUUCAGAAGCUGAGGUUUCUUUGGAGGGGGAGACUGGGACAUUGGGACUUUGUUUCAGCAAUAAUUUAUAGGUAGGAGGCACGAAAUUAUGGGUCAGGCAAAUAAUACGUUUGCCACACAUUUUGUAAUGUCUCUCAAGGAGGCGUCCACUGUCCCUGCUUCUUCCACUGAACUUUUGGCGCUUAUGAUCCCGUCUGGUUAUGGCAGUUGCCUCUAAAUUGAUUCCCUGCCUCCUGUAUGCCUUUCACAAUGGUUUAUGAUUAAUAUUUUAGCUAAUAUAUUUUGUUAGCAUAUGAAUAAUGUCAGACAAAUUCUGAGACACUUUGGAGGGAACACUUUGCAAGCUGAGCUGGUAAAGCGCCAAAGUCAGCACGGACACAGCCCUUUGCAAAGAGAGGGCUCCCAAAGGUAUGACUUCAGUCUUGGAAAAGGGCAUGUUCGAGUCACGGUGGGAGAUCUGCACUCUGGUGGUUGAAGUUUUUCAAUGAGUGUUUCUGGAAGUCUUUGUCUUCAUCUUUCCUCCUAUACUUUGCUUUUCACCAGGAUUCAUCUUCUGCCCUCUUCCCUCUCCUCCUCCCCAUGAUCCCUAUAGGUAAUCUUAUCUUCUCCCAUGAGCUCAGCUGCCACUGGUGUGGUGACAGAGUCCCUACACACCUUCCUUGAAGGACAGAUGAACUUCUUCACUGGCCUUUCCCCCCAAGACUCUCAAACUCAGUGUGCCCUGACUAUAUUUAUCGUAUUUCUCACAAAAUUAUUCCUUUUCCUCUGGUUCUUUCCCAAUUAGUGGCAACUCUUUGUAAGGCCUAGUACUGCAAGAAAUUUGGGGCAACUCUCACCGCACACCCAUCAAAAUAGUCUGCCUCCUUCCACCCCAUUCCUUCUGUCAGAUGGAAGACAUGUUGCAUACUGGCGUCUCCCAUAUCUAAGUCUCUUCUGUCUAGGCACGUAAAGACUCCCCAGUUGAUUGUGGUAAGUCCAUGUUGAGAUUUUUUCCUUCAUAUUUCCACUUGAAGGGAUUCAAUAAUCCAAUCACCCAGAUGUAGGGUGUGUGGCACUGUUACAACUUUUAGUGGAGAGGAUAGGCAUCGACACUUAUCUUUUCCCUCCCAAGUUCUCAAUCAACCGAGGAGAUGACAAAAAGAGAAGGCAUAUGGGAGAGCAAAAAUAUUAACCUAUACCAAUGAAGGAGCUGAUAUUAGAGUAUGUGACACAUAUUUGUGGACAUGUGUUUUCAUGUUCUGAAUCCCAGAAUCUGACACUCUCCUUCCCUGUCCCUGGUCUCUGCAGUGAGAGUAGGCCUGUCUCCAUCCAUUUAUAGCAGGGCCAAGAGCAGCCCAGAGCACUGAGGGCAGACUCACUCCCAAGAGAAAGGGGAGGGCAAAAGGCUGGGAUUUCUGUUAUGGGUUGAAGUGUGUCCCUCAAAAAUUCAUCCUAACCACCAGUAUCUCAGAAUGUGAUCUUACCUGGGAAUAUGGUUGUUACAGGUGUAAUUAGUUAAGAUGAAGUCAUAUUGGAGGAGGCUGGGCUUCUAAUCCAAUAUUACUGGUAUCCUUAUUUUUUUUAAAAAAAAGAAUUUGGAUACAGACAGCACAUAGGGGGAACCUCAUAUGAAAAUAGAGAAGUGGGUUAUGCUUCUACAAGCCAAGGAUCACCAAAGGUUGCCCACAAACCAUCAGAAGCUAAGUGAGAGAGAUGGAAGGAAUCCCACAGUCCUCAAAAAGAAGCAACCCUGCUGACACCUUGAUCUUGGACUCCUGAACUGUGAAAGAAACAAUUUUUGUUGUUUAAGCCACUCAGUUGAUGGUACUUUGUUAAGGUACCGAGCUAAUAUUACUAUAUAUCUAGUUUUCCCCUCCAAACUUACUAUCAGCUAAUUUAUUACUUCUAGGGAAGGAAGGAGUGAAGGCUAAGAAAGGUGUGUUAUGGGGGUACCUGGGUGGCUCAGUUGGUUAAGUGUCUGACUUCAGCUCAGGCUAUAAUCUCACGGUUUGUGAGUUUGAGCCCCACAUCAGGCUCUGUGCUAACAGCUCAGAGCCUGAAGCCUGCUUUGGAUUCUGUGUCUCCUUCUCUCUCUCUGCCCCUCCUCCACUUGUGCUCUCUGUCUCUCUUUCUCUCUCUCAAAAAUAAAUAAACAUUAAAAAAAAAUUUUUUUUAAGUGUGUUAUGCUAGUAGAUAUCUCUUCCAAAGGGGGAUAGAGAAUAUUAGGAAUGGUCAAAAGCAUUUUCCCCAAACAGCACAUCAAAAAAUAAGGAUCAAGGAUAUCUCUGUGGCGGCACACCUGAGUGGCUCAGUCAGUUAAGCAUCCAACUUCAGCCCAGGUCAUGAUCUUGCAGUUCAUGAGCUCGAACCCUGCAUCAGGCUCUGUGCUGACAGCUCGAAGCCUGGAGCCUGCUUCUGAUUCUGUGUCUCCUUCUCUCUCUGCCCCUGCCCUGCUCGUGCACUCUCUCUCUCUCUCUCAAAAAUAAAAACAAACAUUACAAAAAUAAUAAUGAAAAAAAGAAUAUCCCUGUGGGAAUAAUCAAAAACUCCUUUUGUAAGAAUUUUAUUUUUUUGAAGUUUCCUGAUUACUAUGGAUUGUAGACUGGGAACAAUCAAAAACUCCUUUUGUAAAAAAAUGUUUUUGGAAGCUUCUUGAUCACUAUAGAUUGUAGUUUGCUACUUAGAAGGCAGAAAUAUGAACUGGGUGGGGCGCCUGGCUGGUUCAUUUGGAAGAGCAUGGGACUCUUGAUCUUAGGGUUGUGAGUUGAAGCAUGUUGUCUGUAGAGAUCACUUAAAAAUAAUAUCUUAAAAAAAAAAGACCUGGGAAAAAAUUUUAAAGGUCCAAAACUGUUGUAUUGUUAAAAUAUUCUUAGUCUAUAUAAAUUUCAGGAAAUUUUUCUUCUGCAGUAGAUUGGGAUUUAGCAAGUCAGUGACAUUCCUGCCAUUCUGUGAACCUUACCUGUAGUGGAGUAUUGGAGAAGAUUGAAGGCAAAGGGGAAGAGAAGAGAUCAUUUCUUGGGGGUAAGGAAAUCAUCAUGUACUGUGAUUGGGGUGAUGGUUAGACAAGUGUUUACAUUUGUCAGAAGUCAUCAAGCUGUAGAUUUAAAUUGUGUGUAUGUAAAUUACUAUACUUCAAUAAAGUUGCUAUUUUGGAAGAUUCUACAAGAGAGUACUCAGUUCUUUCUCAUUUUAAUCUGAGGCUAGAGGCAGUGGAGGUGAU